GGGCCGGCCGCGCCCACUCGGUCGCCAUGGAGCUGCCCCCGGGGCCGCGCGACGAUCCCCGCGCCUGGGACGAUGACUCGGACCCGGAGCCGGAGCCCGAUCCCGACGCGCAGGCCGAGGCUUAUGUGGCCCGCGUACUCAGCCCGCCGAAACUCGGGCUGGCGCCCCGGCGCGCCCCUCCGCUGCCCGCGCCCGCCACGUCCCCUGGCGCCCUGGAGCCGCGGGCUGCGUCCAAGGGCCCGACCGUGGGCGCCCCGGGCCUGCUGAGCCUGCCCCCGGAGCUGCUGCUCGAGAUCUGCGCCUACCUGGACGCGCGCCUCGUGCUCCACGUCCUGCCGCGCGUGUGCCACGCGCUGCGCGACCUCGUGCGUGACCAGGUCACCUGGAGGCUACGCGCGCAGCGCCGCGUACGCGCGGCCUACCCAGUGGUGGAAGAGGAGGACUUUGACUGGCCGGCAGCCUGCAUUGAGCUGGAGCAGCACCUGUCACGCUGGGCGGAGGACGGACGCUGGGCUGAGUACUUCUGCCUGGCCGAUGGGCACUUUGCUUCCAUUGACUCGGUGCUGCUGCUUCAGGGUGGGACGCUCUGUCUGUCAGGCUCCCGAGAUCGCAAUGUCAACCUGUGGGACCUGCGGCAGCUGGGGGUGGAGCCCAGCCGGGUUCUGGUCAAGGCCCUGGGCACCCAGAGGAACAGCACCCACAAGGGCUGGGUGUGGUCGCUGGCAGCGCUGGACCACCGCGUGUGCUCCGGUUCCUGGGACAGCACGGUGAAGCUCUGGGACAUGGCAGCCGAUGGGCAGCAGUUCGGCGAGAUAAAGGGCAAGGCAGCUGUGCUGUGCCUGUCCUACCGGCCUGACAUCCUGGUGACUGGCACCUAUGACAAGAAGGUGACAGUCUACGACCCCAGAGUCGGCCCGGCCCUGCUGAAGAGCCGGCGGCUGCAUUCGAGCGCAGUGCUGGCCGUGCUGGCCGACGACCGGCAUAUCAUCUCUGGCAGCGAGGACCACACGCUUGUGGUGUUCGACCGCCGGGCCAACAGUGUCCUGCAGCGGCUGCAGCUGGACUCCUACCUGCUCUGCAUGUCCUACCAGGAGCCCCAGCUCUGGGCAGGCGACAACCAGGGCCUGCUGCAUGUCUUCGCCAACCGCAACGGCUGCUUCCAGCUCGUCCGGUCCUUUGACGUGGGCCACAGGUCCCAGAUCACAGGGAUCAAGCACUCGCUGGGGUCCUUGUACACCACGUCCACCGACAAGACCAUCCGGGUGCACGUGCCCACAGACCCACCCAGGACCAUCUGCAUCCGAAACCACCACAAUGUGCUGAAUGGGAUCUGUGCCGAGGGCAACCUGGUGGUGGCCGCCUCCGGGGGCCUGUCGCUGGAGGUCUGGAGGCUGCAGGCCUGAGCAGGCUGACGUGGAUGUGGAUGUGCUGGCCGGCAGGCUGGGCCGCGGCCCCUCUUCUUGGGGACCUUCCCCCAUGCUGGUGCUGUCUCUGCCCUGCCCUGCAGGCCGAGGGCACGAGGAGCCCCGGGCCAUGGUUGGCAGGGUCCCUGGGCUGGGCCUCGGGUCGGGGGAGGUGAGGUUGGUGUUUCGGUCCCCCCAGGGGGCUGCUCCCCACCCUCGGGCCCCGUUAUCGUUGUGAUUUGGAUGCUUGCUCUCCCUUGAGAGUGAAGGAGAAAUAAACCUGACGUCCUGGUGCUCCAGCCUGGAGGCUGAGCCUGGCUCC